AUGGCGACGGCGGUAGGGGCCGUCAAGGGGCCGACGGGUGGUCGGAGGGCUUGCAAGGGGCUGGAGGCGAGCUGCCGGCAGCACAAUUGGGGCCGGCAGGUGCUGCAGUGGUGGGGGCCAGAGGACGUCGACGGGGCCCGCUCUGAGAGCAGUGAUGGUGGCCUGCAGCAUGGUGGAGGAUGUGGCUAUGAUGAUUUACAUAGUGGUUAUGGUAUAGCAAAUGGAGCUCUAAGCAGUGCCUUGUUUAACAAUGGGGCAACAUGUGGAGCCUGUUAUAAAAUUGUAUGUGAUUGGAGGCAAGAUCCCCAAUGGUGCCUUCCAGGAACAUCAAUUAUAAUCACUGCCACAAAUUUAUGCCCUGCUAAUCCUGCACUCCCUAGUGACAAUGGAGGGUGGUGUAAUCUGCCUCUUGAGCAUUUCGACCUGUCAGAACAAGCCUUCUUGCAGAUUGCCAAAUACAAAUCUGGAAUUGUGCCUAUUCAGUACAAGAGAGUCCAUUGCAAAAAGAAUGGUGGUAUCAAAUUUACCAUCAAUGGUUUUAAUUAUUUCGAGUUAGUACUGAUAAGCAAUGUGGGUGGACGAGGAGACCUCAUUGCAGUGUGGAUUAAAGGCUCGGGGACUGGAUGGCAGCAAAUGACCAGAAACUGGGGAGCGAACUGGAUGAGCAAUUCAUAUUUCAAUGGACAAAGUCUGUCAUUCCAACUUAUGAGCAGCAGUGGAAAAAUUCUCACCUUGUAUAAUGUGGCUCCUCCCAAUUGGCAAUUUGGCCAAACAUUUGUUUCUAGUCGCCAGUUCCGUUAA